CCACCUCCCCCUCCACCUCCACCUCCACCUCCACCACCUAGCUCAGGGUUCCAUUUUAGGCUACCUCCUAACCUCGGCCAACCCGGCCUGAGGUCUAACGCUUUAGUUGUCGAUGGCACUACUAGCACUGCAAUUAUUGGAGUGGAUGAUUUAGAUGCGGGAGAUGCAGAGGAUGAAAAUGAGGACGAUGCCGGUAGUGCUGGCACCUGCAAUAGUUCUGGGGUAGGCCACAUAGCAAAUGCUGGCGGAUUCGCUGCUCAAUUAAGACUGGUACGGCAAAACAGGGCGCGAACCGCAGCUGCUAUCGCUGCCGCUGCUUCUACAUCCUCAGGAGCUGUAAACCUUACGAAUUCAUCCUCGACUGCCACCACAGUUGGACUAGGAAUGAUGAAUGGAGCUGGCGGACCAGAUAUCAUGUCGGAUCUACAAAGAGUUCUGGCGGCACGUAGGGCCAGAGAAACCGAGGAAACUGCAGAAAAUGGAGCUAGCGGUGACAUUACUCCUAUCUCUACGAUGGAUGGAGGAGUGGCUCCUAUUAGCAGUAGUGGCCAGACCAGUGGACUUCGGGGCGCUUGUAUAACCGGGCGACGUGCAUCUACUGCGACAAAUUUAAACAACGCCAAUCAAUCACUAGUUGGACCUCCUGGUGUUUUCUCAACUCUAAUUUGA